AUGACCGCCUUUGCUCGUCCCUCAUUACUCGACAAUCGUUAUGCAGUUAUUGCCGAGACUAGUACAUACACAUAUGAUGAUGAUGAUCUUGUUAAUUAUGCUGAAUUUUUACGAAAACAUGGUCGUUAUAUGACAAAAGGAGGUUAUGUUGAUUCAUCUCGACGUAUUCGUACCCUUCAUCGUCAACAAGAUGAUUUUCAAAUACCAAAAUAUCAAACAUCACCAUCACGAAGUGGUUUACUUGCUUCUAUUAAUAAAUCAUCAUUAUCAACACCAACUAUUGGAACAACAUCAAGAAAAUUAAAAACAUCCGAUGAAAAUGAAUUAGCAUCUUCUCUAGCUUUAUCAACAAAUCUUGAAAAUAAAAAAAAGGAAUAUGAAAAACAAAUGAAACUUAUUGAAGAACAAAUGAUUAAAGCAAAACAAAGUGAACGAGAAGCAAAGCGUUUAGAAGGUGAUAUUAAAAAAGAACAACGACAAUUACAUCAUUCACUUCGAGAUCUUGAUGUUGAUGCAACAAGAAAACGUUAUAAUGCUGAAAAACAUUUAUCAAAAAAUCUCGAAGAAAAAGAUAAAAUUGAAAGAGAAUUCGUUAAAAAACGAGAAAAGCAAACAAAACAACGAACUGAUCGUUUAAUUGAUUCAUUACAAACAAACAAAGAUAAAGAUCGUCGUAAUUUACUUCUCUGUAAUGAUCUAUCUCAUCAAUAUCAAACAAAAACACAUGAACUUCAAAUAAAACAUCAACAAUUAGAUCGAAUUCAUACAGAUUUUGAACAAAAAGUUCAACAAAAAGAGUUGGAAGAAAGUCGACUUAAAAAAGAAUUAGCUGAUAUAGCUACGGCACUUAAUUUAGAAGCUCAAAAAGUAAAAACUGAUAUGAAAGAUUUUCUAAACAUUGCUGAUUAUGAUCGAGGUCAAACAAUGAAACAGGAUCUUGAACAAGAACAAAAAUUUAAUCAAACAAAUGUCUAUGGUAAAAACUACGAUCAUGAAAGACGUCGUCUUUCAGGUGAUGUAACACUUCAUCGUUCUAUGCUUGAUCUUAAACAACGUGAAGCUCUUCGUCGAAUUGGUGAUACAAAGAGUCGAUUAGAAACAAUUUAUGCUAAACAACGACAACAAAAUGUCAGUACAACUAUUACGGAACAAGAUCGACGUGCUACUCAAUUAAUGUCUAAAAUGACUGAUAUUGAUAAUCGUCGUUCACAAUUAAUGAAUCAAUAUAUGCGUGAUAAGGUUAAUAAAAGUGAGGAACGUGAAAGUGAAGGAACAACUAAAGCUAAAAUACGUCAUAUUGAGCUUGAAACUAAGAAACAUGAAGAUUGCUUACGAGAUUUAGAAAAUACGAUGAAUAAAAAUGAAGAUAUUGAAUAUGAAUUACGUAAAUCAGUAAAAGAAGCUGAAUUUCAACGACGUAAAAAAGAACAAGAAGUACAACGAUUAAAAGAUGAUUUAAUACGAAAAAAACGAGAGGAUGCUAAAAAAAUUCGAAAUGCUAUUGCACGAUCGGAACAAGAAGAAAAAGAAUUAGAACAACAUUUAACUAAAGAAAAAGCAAAAUUAUAUAAAUUUCAAACACGACGAGAAGAUAAUUAUAUACGUUUAACACGACAACGAGAACAAAUGCGUGAAAAUAAAGCUUUAUUAGAUAUUCAUGCACGUGAACAUGAACGCCUAUUACAGGUUCAAAAUCAAUCACAAUCUUUGCAAUCACUUAAUACUAUCUAA